UUUAGAGUCUUCAGGCGUUGUUUUGAGAGCUUUGCUGAGCGCUCUCUCUCAGAUCCAGCCCUAAACACCCCCCAUUUUCCUAUCAUUUCUUUAACUAAAACCUUUGGAUUCUCUCUCUAGAAUUCCUCAAUUGGUAGUUAAUUUUUAGGUCCAAUUCUGCUUUCUAGGGUUUAUCCUGAUCGAAAUCUGUUUUUCAUUUGUAGACGGCAAGUUUCAAGGGAAUUUGUAAGGUUUAAUCAAGGGUUUUUCCUAUCUGAGUAAUCUGCUAAUGAGUUUGUGAGUUUUUUGAUGCUUUAAUACUCUGCAAUUCCUCUUCAAGGUUAAAAUUUAGCCAUAGGUCUCCCUUUGAUUUAGCUUCUGUGAGGAUUGGUGAGGUGAAAAUAGCGGUAAUUUUUUUUGGGCGAAGUGAAGCAGAUUGAUGGGAUUCUUGUAGUGAUCAAGGGAUUAGAGUUUUUACUGGUGGAUUAAGAGUUUUUAAGGUUUUUAUAUCGACAUGGAUACUAGCAGAAGAGCUGUGGAAGCUUAUUGGAGGUCCCGCAUGAUUGAUAAUACGACAACUGAUGAAGACAAGGUCACACCUGUGUAUAAGCUCGAGGAGAUCUGUGAUCUAUUGAGUACUUCUCAUUUUACUAUAGUGAAAGAGGUCUCAGAGUAUAUACUGAAGAGGUUAGAGCACAAGAGCCCAAUUGUUAAGCAAAAGGCUUUAAGGCUGAUUAAGUAUUCAGUGGGGAAAUCUGGAGUGGACUUCAGAAGGGAAAUGCAACGACAUUCAGCUGCAAUGCGCCAGCUUUUUCAUUAUAAAGGACAGGUUGACCCUUUAAAGGGGGAUGCCCUCAAUAAGGCUGUUCGUGAUACUGCUCAUGAAGCCGUCUCUGCAAUUUUUGCUUCAGAUGAAAAACUUCCCCUCAAUGAAGACAUUAACCGGCGAAUACAAGGUUUUGGGAAUACUAAUUUUGAAAUGCCAUCCGAAGAGAAGAAAUCUUUCAUUAGUGAGGUGGUAGGCCUUGGAAGUGCUUCUAUUAUACAGGGUCUGAACACAAUCACUGCAGCUCAUUCAUCAAAGAAAAUGGAUAAUGGAAGUUACAGGAGUCCAAAUUUACGAAGAUCACUGACAACUGAGACGGAUACCUUGGACAAAUAUGAUAGAGAAGAACAGUAUAGAGAACACUGGGGUGCUUCAGAUUCGUCUAAAAACAAAUCUGGGACUUGGAGCCAAGAUUCAAGACCAAGCGAAAUGGAAUCGAGAAAUGGUGAUUAUGGUGAAAGUCAAACAGUUGGAAAGAGUCGUGAGGAAAGACUCCUGGAGACCAUUGUUACAUCUGGUGGUGUGCGUUUGCAACCAACUCGUGAUGCAAUUCAGGUUUUUCUUGUAGAGGCCUCUAAGCUAGAUGCUUUGGCGUUGAGUCAUGCAAUUGAAGCAAAGCUACAAUCACAUUUGUGGCAGGUUCGCAUGAAAGCUGCAUGCGUUCUUGAGUCGAUUUUGAGGAACAAAGAAGAAGAAACGUGUUUUGCUAUAGUGGCAUCAUUCUUUAGUGAGAAUAAAGAUGCUAUCAUUAAAUGCAGUGAGACUCCCCAAAAUUCUUUAAGGGAAAAGGCAACAAAGGUAUUAAGCCUUCUCAAUGGAGAUCAUGUACCGGAGUCUAAAAGUUCUGCAAGGGUGCAAUCCAAAGAUAUAACAACCAAAGCUCCAGCUGUUGAGCUACCCGACUUGAUCGACACUGGGAAUUCUGAUUCCAUUCUUCUUGAUACCUUAAAUUCUUCUCAAAACCAAACCAAUUCCGACAUCCCAAACACAACCAUCGCAGCUCCCCCUAUGAUUGAUGAUCUCUUUGGAGAUAACUCUAUGACUGUUCCUAGCAGUAGCAACAAUACAGCUGAAGAAGAAUCUGAUCCAUUUGCCGGUGUCUCAUUCCACAAUAAUGCAGUCAUAGAUGGUGGAAAUAUUGAUGACCUUUUCUCGGGAUUAACUGUAGAUGACAAGCAAUCUAGCAAUGGGGUUAAUAUCCCUGAAAGCAAGGGGACACAAGGCUUAUUUGAUCUUUUCACUGCAAAUUCCUUACAGUUUCAGCCAGAAUCUGCCAAAGACUUGAACAAAUUAGUGGGUAACCUUUCAACCGGUGUACCUGGCCAACCAAACCAACAAAUCAAUGAAACAAGCCAAACAAAGCAUCAUUCCCUAAAUAGUGAUUUGGGAUCUCAAGGAAUCAACCUAAACCCUAACUUUUUAUACCCAUCGGGUCCCUUUCAAUACAAUUUACCUCCAAAUAUCAUGGUGAAUCAGCCUUUGGCCUCCCAGCAAUUGAAUUAUGGAGCAAUGGGGAAUUUGUUUGCACAACAACAGCAGCUACUCGCUACCAUGGCAAAUUUUGCAAAUUUGCAACAGUUUGGGGCUGUGAGUGGGCAUGGAAAUAUGGGAUUUGGCCAAUCUCUUGGUGGAAUGGAGGGAGGGGGUUAUGGUUCGGCAAUGCCUGAUAUCUUCACGCUCCAGAGUGAUCCUGUUCAGACUCGGGGUUUCGUGGGUGCUGAUAGUUCAAAGAAAGAGGAGACUAGAGCUUUUGACUUUAUAUCGGACCAUCUUAGUUCAGCUCGUGACCCAAAGAGAGUAUUGUAAAAAGCCUUUACCAAUGCAACAUGUUUGUUUGAAGUUUGAGGAGGGGGGGUCCUGCUUCUAAUGUCCACCAAUUGGAGGCAAGACAAGGUCUGUACUUUUAUUUCCUAUGCCUUGGACAUAUAUUCAUUUUUAAUAAUCGAUUUUAUAAGAGCAGAUUUAGCUGCUCAGUCUUUAAUUUCUGGGAUGGGUUGGACUGUUUUGAGAGAGAGAGAGAGAGAGAGAGAGAGAGAGAGUUAAGGCUGCAUUGAAUGUUGUGUUUGUAAUAUAAAGUGAAAGUAAAUGGGAAGUUGUAAUUUUGUAGGUAAUUAUGUAAUGCAGCGUUAUGAGGGACCCUUCGUAGGUAAUUAUGCAAUGCAGCGUUACGAGGAACCCUUUGUAGGUAAUUAUGUAAUGCAGCGUUAUGAGGGACCCAUAUUUUAGGGAAGUUAUCAAAAUCCAUAAAUUGUUUUUGACUAUUUAAGAUGUUUUCCUAUAUUUUCUUUACUUUCAAAAUACUCAUCAAAAUACACGUGACCAUGAAUUGGUAUGGGCUGGAUACCAUGGAAAUGUAUAGCUGAUUUUAUCUCAAUUUUUUUGUGUGAA